AUGCAUCCAGCGUAUGACCAUGGUCUUGUCCAGAGCACGGCGGUUGGAACGAUUGCACUGUUACUCGUGUUCAGCCUUUCAAGGAACUGUGCAAGACUAUCACAAUUUUGCCAGUGUUUUGGAAAGCCAUCCCAAGUUACACGCCAUUCAGUUUCUUCCAGCCAUUUUCCCCAGAGGACUUCAACCAGGGACCGCCAAUCUCUUGCCAGCAGAAGAAAUCAUAUCCGUCAAAAUUUCACCUGUACUGGAGGCCAUUGCGACAAUACCCAAUCUGGCAGUAUUCCAUGGGGACUGCUGGUUACCGCCAACCACCCCACCACAUCUGGUCGAAAGAGGCAGAAGACGAACGAGGAAGACGAGGAUGAAGACGACAUGGACGAAGUCGAUGACACGUUCCAACCGGCAAUACAAGCUAUGAAAUCCAUCAGUGGACAUUCACGGCUGCAGCAAAUAACAAUCUACGGACCAAGUCUCGUGGCGGCGGCUCCCGAGUUACACACUAACGCCACCCUGAGGUUCCUAAAGGUCAAAUUGGGUAUGAUCAAACGACGAACCAGAAGCAACAACACUUUUGAGGGACAAGUAUUGGCUGACGUUGUGCGGAGUGCUCCAUCUCUAGCUACUCUGGUCUUGACAGUCGGGCACGAAGCAUUGCGAUGCCGCAUUGAUGGACAAAUCCUACACGUCAUCCAGGCACUGCAAGAGAACACCACCAUUACAAAAUUGGACCUCCCGUAUCAUCCCAAGAACCAUGACAUUCAAGAAGCUAUGAUUGACAUGCUCCAGGAAAACAAUAUGACUCUGACGGAAAUCAAUGUAUUAUUAUCCAGCGACAACGACAAUGCUGCUGAAGACGAAACAUUUCUGCAAAAGCAAGAGUUUUUCCUGAGACUAAACAGACUGGGUCGCAAGAGGCUACUGCAGCUAUCUCCUGCCGACCGCCGUCCUUGGAUCGAAACGUUGGCCACCGUGUCCAAUGAUGUGUCAUCCUUGUUCUACUUUUUGUCCAAGAAUCCAACCCUUUGUAGUCACGUUGCGACGGAAUGA